CACCCCAGCAGGCAGCAGCAGCAGUUCCCAUCCCUGGACGACAAGCCCCAGUUCCCGGGGACCACGGCAGAGUUUGUAGACAAGCUUGAGUUCAUCCAACCCAAUGUCAUCUCCGGCAUCCCCAUCUACCGGGUCAUGGACCGCCAGGGCCAGAUCAUCAACCCCAGUGAAGACCCCCAUCUGCCCCAGGAGGAGGUACUGAAGUUCUACAGGAGCAUGACCCUACUCAACACCAUGGACCGAAUUCUGUAUGAGUCCCAGCGGCAGGGCCGGAUCUCCUUCUACAUGACCAACUAUGGUGAGGAGGGGACACAUGUGGGGAGUGCCGCCGCCCUGGACCGUACAGACCUGGUGUUUGGCCAGUACCGGGAGGCAGGUGUGCUCAUGUACCGCGACUACCCUCUGGAACUGUUCAUGGCCCAGUGCUACGGCAACGUGAAUGACCCUGGCAAGGGGCGCCAGAUGCCCGUUCACUAUGGCUGCAAGGAGCGCCACUUCGUCACCAUCUCCCCCCCUCUGGCCACACAGAUCCCUCAGGCCAUUCCUGCUCCUCCAGGCUGCUUCACUGGGGCACAGUGUUUGCAGCUAUUGCUGAGGUGCCAAUCACCCCUUCCCCUGUUACAGUGCCUUUUAGGGGUGGGACCCAGGCCAGGGGAGACCCUGUAGGCAGGUGGCCCUGGAUCUGCCCAGGCUGGGUCACGAGUCCGAGCUGGUCAGUAGUGAAUAAACUGGGGCUCUGCCUUUUA